AGUUCGAUAUAAUGUAUUGUCAAAAGAUAAUGAUAAAUACAUUCAAAUAUUUUCAAGUAGUUAUAAGGUCUAACUAUGAUAUUGUAAAUUUCUGUCUAUUGAAUAAAAAAAGAAGUACAUUUAUGAUAUAUUCGCAACAAAUUAAUAAGCUGAAAAAAUGUUAUAGUAUUAAACAAAGGAAAAAUUUGCCACAAACUAAGCAUUUUAUUCUAUCAGGUAGCUUUUUAUUUAAUUUAUUUUUUCCUAAAGAAGAAAAAGAUGAUGUUGAGGAAUUAACAAUGACAAUUAAACGAUCAAUUUUAUUAAUUCAGAAAGAAGAAUUUCUGAAAGCAGAGCAAAUGCUACAUGUUGCUUUACGCCAAGCACAAACUUUACAGCAUUAUGAUGGUAUAACUUAUGUGUAUGAUGUAAUGGCAAAUCUAGCAUAUGAUACAAAUGACUAUAAAAAAGCAGAAAAGCUAUUUAAAUCAGUUUUACAGAGACUAAUAGCUAAGGGAGUUCCACAGGAUGAUUUAGCAAUUAUUCAUAUUAGUCUUAAGAUUGCUGAUACAUAUGAUAAAAUAGGAGAUAAACAAAAAGCAGACAAUGGUUACAAAUUUUGUUUACAACAUUUACAAAAUCAUUUAGCUAAAGACAGUGAAAAUCUAGAUGUAUUACAAUUGUUAGGCUUAAAUUUAGAAAAAUAUGCAUCUAUGCUUUUCUCACAAUCGCAGUAUAACAAUGCUCUCGAAUACUUUACUAAAGCUUAUGAUAUAUCCAUAAAAAUAAAUGGUGAAGAAAAUGAACAAACUGUUAUUCUAUUAAAUAACUUAGCAAGUGUCUGUUAUAUACUACAAAAAUAUGAUGAAACUAUUAAAUAUUUAUCUAAAGCUGCAGAAAUAGGAAACAAGUUACCAGAUAUGGUUGAAUUAGGUUUCAUUCAUGUCAACUUGGGACAUGCAUUUAUUUCAAAAGGACUUUAUGAAGAAGCAAAAAAAAAUUGUAGCAAGGGAGAAGAUUUAGCAAAAGCUAGAAAUGACAAUGAAACUGUAGUGGAAGCUAAAAAAUGUCUUGAACAAAUAGAAAGUUUAAUAUUGUAAUAUAAAUGUAAAUAUUAAAUUGCAGUACUUUAACUUGAUUAACUUAUAGGUAUAUUGAAAUUGAAAAUGUAUACAGUGAAAAAUUAUUAAACAUAUUAUACAUAUUUAUAAUAUAUUCGUUAUAUAUCCACGUUUUAUUUAAAAACUAAUUGGUAGAAUGAAAGAUAGUUCUAUAUCAUAUAUAAAUAUUAUUGACUUUAAUAAAACAAAUUUGCAUAUAAUUUUAUGAAUUUUUACGUUGUGUUUAGAUAAAAUUAGAAAAUUCUUAUUGUAAUAUACAAAAACUGAUAUAACUACAGAAAAACGUAUAAUAUCUUGAUUGAAAUUGAAAUUAUGAUUCUUGUAAUUAUAUAGAGAAUAUGUUUUUAUGUAUACAUAUAGAAAACAUACAAUGUUUAUUUUCAUUUACAGUAGUUACAUGUUUAUAUAUGUGUAAGCAAUAUCUAUAAAAAAAUAAAUAAAUUUAACGUGUAAAAAAUAUAUCCUUUCACAAUAUAAGUGAAGUUCUAACAAUUUUCGUAAAAAACAUCGUUGCCAAUAAUUAAACAUAAAAUGGUUUGUAGAAAUAAACAUGUAAUGUGUUUGAGAAAAAUAUAUUGAAUGUGUAACGGGUGA